GUCAGCUUCCGCACGAAGAACAAUCAAUCCCCAUCCCUCUGCUCUGUCUUCCUUUCUUUCGGAUUUCAAUUUUUCUGUCCUCGCCUCCCAUUUCACUGCAAAUUCAACGCAACUGUUAUAUCCUAUCCUACGGCUUCCUCGAAUACUUUAUAUUAUCAAUUUUGCUCCCGGUAUGAUGGGGACUCGAUCGGUGAGCUUCGCGGCUAUCUGUCUCGUUCUGAUCGCGGUUCCCUUUCCGGCAUCGGAAGGAUUGAUCUCUGCUCAGACUGCUAACCGUCCUUAUCCCAAAGUCAUACAUGAUUUGAAGGAAGCAAUUGUGAAGGGGUUAGGAUUCAAGGAGGAGGAUUUCGAGAUAUCUGGUUUUGACUGGAGGGACGUUUUGGUUGGAAGAUCGGUGGCUUAUGAGUUUGAUGUUGAGAUUGAUGAUAAAGUUCUUCCCUUGAAGCUUCUGGAGGAUGUGAAUAGAUGGGAAUAUGUGGAGUUGCCCAUUUUCCGGGUACAGAAUCCGGCAGAGGAAAACGGGUUGGUUGAGAAGAACAAGUUAGAGAGGGAGACGCCUGUGUUAGCUCCUUUCACUCUUGCAGGCCCAAUGGAACUCUGGGUCCAGGAUGCUAAGAACAUGAGGCUUUCGCUGCCUCAUGAUGUGGAUGCUGGGACGGUGAAGAAAGUGGUGUUAGCAGAUGGUGCUAUGGUGACCGUUAAGGGUGCCAGAUCUGUUAGUCUCCGCCACCCAGUCAUGCUCCCGCUUCCAUUUAACAGAUCCCAUAACGGCUUCGCUUCCGGUCUGUUAACUCUGGCAGAUCACCUGCGCCGCAUGAAAGGUGGUCCGGUACUAUCUCUUCGCAUUGUGGGGCCGACUUCUCUCACGUCACCUACUAGUACUCCAUCAUCAAGCAGGCUUAAACUUAAGCGUCUUGCACCCGGCCUGGUGGAGCUAUCUUCUGUGCCUAAAAUCAAAGCCAUCUCCACCGCAGUUGGAGAGCCCACAACUGCCCUCCUAACACCCACCCGAUUCACUACCAUGUGGCCAUUGGUCUCCAUCAAUGGCUCCAACCCUAACUUGAUUGGUUUUGAGUCGUUGCUUUCCUCUGUGCUGGGUCCCAAGGCAAAUGCAAAGGGUUCUUUUAAGCUGCUAAAGGCGGACAUAUCGGCUCAGACGUUCGUGAAGAUGGGUUUCGCGUUGGAGAAGAAGUUGAAGGUGGAGGAGGAUGCGUUUGGUUUGGAGAGUUUCCCGAAGUGGAUGACGAGGCCGGAGACAGUGAGGAUGCAUUUUGAAGUGUUGGCUAAAGUGGACGGAGACAAGGUGGUGCCGGAGAGAGUGGUCCAGGUUCAGCCUGUAAGUCUUGAUAACACUGUCGCACCAAAUAUGCUUUCAGCCAAUGUGACCAUGUCUACCACCCCCAUUCUCCAUCCACCACAAAACCCAUUCACAUUAUGAAUAAUAAAUAUAUACCUGGCUCAGUUUAAGCUGAAAUUCCGCCACACGUUUACCAACUGUUACGAUUGUAUAGAUAGAUAAAAUCUUGUUUUUUUGCAUAUCCUCGCUCCCAAUUAAUCUUAUUUGAGAGAUGUUUGAACCAAAAAUGUUUUUUGUAUUUGUAUUUAUAUUCUAUAUUUUCAAAUUGAAAUUAAUUACAAUUUAUGAAUCCAAAUCACGAAUCGAAUUAAAA